AUGGCUUCCAUCUACCAACUCAACCAACCUCCCAAUCCGUUUUGGGACUUUGCCAACGGAAAUCUAGAGGACCAUCCUUUCUUUGCUCCUCGCGGCCACCACGGACGUCGUGGGCGUCGUGGAUGGGAUAACCCCCAGCAGAGCGACAAUACCACCCGAGGUGCUCAAGCAGGUGAAGGCAACGAGUCCAACAACAACAUGGAGAAAGACGAAACGCCAGCAUCGGACUCCGACUCGCCAGACAACCACCACCAUGGCUGUGAACACUGUGGAAACGGUAAGGGCAAGGGCAGGGGUCGUGGAGGUCCCGGCCACCAUGGUCCAGGUCCAUUCCGUGGCAAAGGCGGCAAGGGAAAGCAUGGCCAUGGUCCUCACGCCGGGCCCUACGGCCACCACAACGCCUCUAAGGAAUUCCCACAGGACUCCGAAGCACCCCAAGCAGUCGGUGAACUACCCGAGCCCAACGCACUCUCUUUCGCCUCGAAAGAAGUCAUUGAAACCUCGGCAUCCGACUCCGACUCCCCCGACAGCCACCGCCGCCACGGCGGAAAGUGCAAGAACAAGGGCCAUGGAGGUCCCGGUCACCAUGGACCAGGACCCUUCCGCGAAAGGGGCGGCAAUGGAAAACACGGCCAUGGCCCUCACCCUGGGCCGUACGACUUCCACGCUUACGGCCAUGACCACCACCACGGUGCUGGUGCCUUUGGAGGCCCUGGACGCGACGGAAAGGGCAGACAUGGACAUGGAUACGGACACGGACACGGUCCCCACCCUGGCCCAUACGACUUCCCUGGCCACCACCACAACGCCGGUCCCUUUGGUUUCGGUCCCCGUGGACAGGGUCACCACCACAGAGGAGGCCCCGGUGGCCGCGGCAGACACCAUGGCGGACCACCUUUCGGCGGACCGUUCGAUUUCCUGCGCCAGCUCGGUGCCGGACUUGGUUUUCCCAUCAACGGGCCUACCGCAGAGGGUGUUGACUUCACGCCUUCCGUUGACGUCUUCGAUACCCCCACCAAGUACAUUGUGCAUGUCUCACUUCCCGGAGCUAAGAAGAGUGAUCUCAGCAUUGACUAUGAUGCUGAUGAGUCUGUUCUGCAUCUGGCGGGUGUCGUUUACCGGCCCGGUGUCAAUGAGGAUCUACACCAGGCUCUUGUUAUGGAAGAGCGGGGUCAACACGUUGGUGUCUUUGAGCGUGAGGUCCGUCUUGGGACUCGUGUUGCCCCGGCUUUUGUUAUUGUCGAUGGGAUCUCGGCGAAGCUGGAGGAUGGUGUUUUGAAUGUUACUUUGCCGAAGAUUGUUCAGAAUCCCGAGAUUGGAAAGAAGAAGGUUUUUGUGGAGGAUGGUGAUUUGCAGAAUGAGAAGGACGCCAUGGUCGUGGAUGAGAGGACUCUCACUCCGGUGGAGUCUGAGGAGAGCGAUGUUGAAGAUGGUGAGGCGAGAGAGUAUGUCAAUGUUCAUGUGCAGUGA